CCGUCACCGAACGAGUUCGAUCGUUCGACGAACGAACACCCGCGCCCUGAACGUCUCACAUUUAAGCAUGCGCCGGGCCGGCCGGGAUUCGUAUUCGCGUUCCAACUCGCCGCUGUGUACGUAGUGCGUACGGGACAGUCUGAUUUUUGCCAGCAGAAGUUCUUGCGUGUAGAUCGAUAGCCCCUGAAGCAUCGAGAGCGUGUUGUCAUUUUGGGUGAACACAACAGGUUCUACGGUCCUAAGUAACAAUGACUCGAUUUGUGGCCGUGCUAGUGCUGACUGUGUCGGUAGUUCUGUUGGAACUGUCCAGAAGUUCGUUCGGUGCAUCGCUAGGUAACGCUGUGUCACCAUGCCCCAACAUUUUCCAGUACGCCACUGACCCGAUAAAGCAGCAGAUUUACGGUAUCGUUGACACACGUGAUCAGCAGGUGGACAAGAUCGGAAAGCUGGAAUUGCAUCUCUCGAUCGGAGGUGAGCUACACUCGAAGUACGUCGGUUCGAUAGAAGCGAUCGAAGACAGUACCCAAAUCUUGGACCAGUUCGGCAAAGGUCGCGGUGUGACGUACCGCAUCAACUUCCCGAUCCAGGAACCGCUGCCCAAAAUAACGAAGAUCGUCUUUAACGAGCGGGAGCUCUGCACGGGCCCAGCAGAUCGCGGCUCGUUCGUAAGUGCCGUAACGCUGCGUCACUUUCUGCGGUCCGACUCGUGCAAGGAUAAGUGCGACCACUCCAAGAUAGUGCCAACGAAUCUGAACCUACAGCUGAGUCCUCCCGUGUCCGCUAAGGUGUCGAAUGCACCCUCGCUGCCCGUACCGGCAACGGCCGUAGCGGUACCGAAAGUGAGGGAAGGAACCGAUACCACCCAGAAGCUCGGCGGCGAUACGCCGGCAGUCCAGCACGAGUAUCAGCGCACGAUCGAGCGUAAGGAGGAAACGAACAAUCCGCAGGACAACAGUACCUCGGUGAAGUACAUCCGGGAGGAGAUCACGUACCGCAAGCAGGUCAUCUCGCCGGCCGGCGCAACGUCCCUGCAGCAAGACGAACUGCAGCUGCCCUCGUUCGUGACCAACUGACGUACUCGCCUUCAGUCAGGGCCUCGAGCCGUGUUUAGAUCAUGUACUACGUCAUCACCGCGCAAGGGAUUAUGCACAACUUUCGAUCAAGGCCUCCGGGUCGGUCCGGGAUUGAAUUCUGAUUGAAUAAAGCUUCUUUUUUUUCUGUAAUCACAGUGAAACGACACCGCGGUACGAACGAGCGCGUGCGACGUCUGUGAUAAUGUACU